AUGGCUUUCUCUGGUGCUUUGACGUUGACGGAUCUGAAUGAUUAUCUAGGUCCAUCACAAGCAUGUAUCAAGCCAGUCUCGGGAAAAGAUGCUCCCUCCACCGAACAGAAAGAAGUAGGCGCAGCUUCAACAGAGAUUGCUAUUGAUGCUGAUGGAGAAUAUUACGAAUCGACAGCUGGUCAAAUGGGAAUCAAUACCGCGUCUAUAGAUGAUAAGCCAAGAGCCCGAACAAGACUGGAAACAGCAGAGAUCAGCUUGAACGAUUGUUUGGCAUGCAGUGGUUGUGUGACAAGCGCUGAAUCGGUACUGAUUGGCAUGCAAUCUGUCGAUGAAUUACGCAAGGCUGCCGAAAAGAAAGGUACAAGCGAAGAUGAUGCACCUACACAUAUCGUUGUCAGCAUUUCACCACAAUCCCUCGCUUCUUUGUCGGCAAAAUACUCUCGUUCUUUGGCAGAUCCAUUACCUCUGCAAACGGUACUUGAUCGCGUUGAACAUUUUCUCAAAUCGAAGAUGCAGGUUGAUAUAGUCAUUGAUACUUCAUUUGCACGCCAUAUGUCCCUAGCCGAACAAGCAAAAGAAUUCCGAGAGCGGAAAGAAGAAGGUCUAUCCAGUACACAGCCUACCUUACCGAUGCUAGCAAGCGCUUGUCCAGGAUGGAUCUGCUAUGCGGAAAAGACCCAUGGCGAGCUCAUACCUUUAAUUAGCAAAACUCGUUCACCACAGCAGAUCGCAGGUAUUCUAGCAAAACGAUACCUAGUAGAGAGCGGAGGAUUAAGUUCCUCUGAGCGUGUUACCAGAGUAUACCACACUACAGUCAUGCCAUGCUACGACAAAAAGCUGGAAGCGUCUCGACAAGAUUUCUUCGAUGAUGUGACGCAGAGCCGCGAUGUGGACUUGGUAAUCACGACUGGAGAAUUGGACGAUUUGAUGCAAGCAGAAUCCUUCAAUUUAGCCUCAUCGAUUGAAAAGAUAGAGAACGACGUUUCGAUGACGCCGCCUGAUUCACUUCAGGAAGCAAGUGUUUCGCCGGGCAUACCCUCACUCUUCCAACAGCCUGGAAGUAGCUCAGGCUCGUAUCUCUUUGAUCUCAUUAGAAGGGUAUGGGUCGAGUAUUUGGAAGAAUCUCAAGAAUCUGCAUCCUCGAAGCCAUUCCCAAAACUCGCUGUAAAGAUGAUCAGAUCGGCUGAUUACACCGAAUACGUUCUUUAUGCGCAAGAUGGAAGCGGUAAGAUUUUGUUCAAAGGAGCACAAUGUUAUGGUUUCCGUAAUUUGCAAAAUUUGGUUCGUAAAGUUCAACGUCAAACUGGACUAAAGAGUAAGAAAGCCGCUGCUGGCUCUUUAUUAGAUGGACCAUCUACAUUGAACUCCGAACGAAGAUCUGCAAAUGGUUUGAGAGGUCGUGGUCGCGGUGGAAUGGUACGUAGAGGAAGAGGUGGAUUGGCCGGCCGGUCUAGCACGACUGAGAGUAGUCCAUUAGCACGUUCUGAUGCGGCGAUUGAAAAUGUGAUGGAAGAUGAAGAAAGUCGAGCGUACGAUUUUGUAGAAGUGAUGGCUUGUCCGGGAGGUUGUGUGAACGGAGGUGGACAGAUCAGACCGCCAGGACAGGCUAAUGGAUCUGCAGGCUCUUCAGCUUUGACCGCUCGUACGAUCACUGCUGAUACACUUGAUCCAGAGGGUUAUACGUCCGGUUGGAGCACACCUCCAUUGAGUGUUUCUGGCACGAGUGAAGGAAAUGCAGGAUUGGACGGAGAAGGGCCAAGUACGCCGAUGGAAUUAGACGAGACCAAUGAACCGGCUGUUCAAGGCUGGAAAGGUACUUCGAAAGAAUGGGUAAAGCGAGUCGAGUACCUUUACUGGCGAGCUCUGAAAGAUACAUCUGAAGAUGAAAUGAUUGGAAAUAUCCAUCAAGCUCAAGCUUUAGGUGUCUCACGCGAACAAAUUGAUAAACGAAUCUCAAACACUAUCCAAAGAGCUGCUGCCAAUUUAGCCGCUUCAGCAUCACUUGACAUCUUGGCAGAGCAAGUCAUUCAGACCAUAUGCAAGAAACAGAAACGAUCUGAUAUCCUAAGGACACAAUAUAGAGCUCUGCAGGAUGAAGCAGUAAGCGGCCUGGCAGUUCAGUGGUAA